ACUUUGAUCACCAAUGGAUUCAUGACAAUUUCUUUCCACCCAGUUGACCUCCUUAAUCAACAAAUCUCUAUCGUUUCUACUCAGAUUUACAAUCAACUUCAGAUCUCCUAUCAAUCUGUUCUUAAUUUCCAAGAAUCAGAAACCGAAUGAUCCAUUAAUCUCAAAGAUAUAAAACAGUAAUGAACCAGUAGUAGUGGUAGAUCUAGUUUGCACAAAAACCUUGAUUCGAACAAUCUUUUCUCAGAGAGAGCAUUACCAUUACUGGGGAAGAAAAUGGGGUGCUCUUUUUCGGGACUCAACGCCCUAUACGACGCCGUUAGCGGAGGCGCUGAUGUAUGGAUCAACGACAAUCGCUUCAAGGUCGUCAGCCAGCUUGGUGAGGGUGGUUUUGCCUAUGUUUUCCUUGUUAAGGAGGUGAUCAACGACGCCUCCGGUGGUGGUGUCUCGAAGAAAUUCAAAGAUCCCUCUCACAUCUCAGAGGAUGGAACUUAUGCGAUGAAGAAAGUUCUGAUUCAGAAUAAUGAUCAGCUGGAGAUGGUGAAGGAAGAGAUCCGUGUAUCGUCCCUGUUUAGCCACCCAAAUCUGCUGCCAUUGCUAGAUCAUGCCAUUAUUCCAGUAAAGGGCACACCUGAACAAACUUGGACACAUGAAGCAUACCUGCUGUUUCCAGUCCAUUUGGAUGGCACGUUGUUGGACAAUGCAAAAACAAUGAAAUCUAAAAAGGAAUUCUUUUCUACGUCUGAUGUUCUUCAAAUUUUCCGACAGCUAUGUGCAGGGCUCAAGCAUUUGCAUACUCUUGAUCCUCCAUAUGCACAUAAUGAUGUGAAACCAGGAAAUGUCCUUUUAACACACCGUAAAGGACAGCCACCUCUGGCAAUAUUGAUGGAUUUUGGAAGUGCUCGUCCUGCUAGAAAGCAAAUUCGCUCUCGAUCGGAAGCACUACAACUGCAGGAAUGGGCAGCGGAGAAUGUUUCAGCACCCUUCCGAGCUCCGGAAUUGUGGGAUUGCCCCAGUCAAACAGACAUUGAUGAACGAACUGAUGUAUGGUCACUAGGUUGCACUUUGUUUGCCAUAAUGUAUGGUGCAUCUCCGUUUGAGUAUGCAUUAGGGGAAUCGGGAGGAAGCUUGCAGUUGGCUAUUAUAAAUGGACAGAUAAAAUGGCCAUCAGCAUCAGGAGGAGGUCCAAAACCACCGUAUCCGGAAGCUCUUCAUCAGUUCGUAUCAUGGAUGGUUCAACCUCAAGCGACAGUUCGACCUCAUAUAGACGAUAUCAUCAUUCACGUCGAUAAGUUGAUCUCAAAGUUCUGUGUCUAAACUAUAUAUAGUAGUUGGAUUUUUAGAUAUGAUAUUGGUAGUUUUGUUGUUUUUAAAGAUGUCAUUUUUCUUGGCUGUUUGUAGAUGUUAAAUGGGAUAUCAUGAUUAAGCUUGUUUAUAUGGACAUAAAUAAAUAAUUAUAUGCAUACCAAUGGAAAGCUCCUUUUUCUUGC